CGCUUCACAGCAGUAUUUAGAAGAACAGGUGAGCGCUGAUUGAUGAGCCAGCCCUACAAUUUGAGCAAAACUUUUCAUAUGGACAAGCAUUUUGCAGUGUAGUAAACAUGCUGAUGAACAACAACCAGAAGGUUCCGAGCGCAGCUACCAGACUGGCCAAGCUUCCUAUUGUUCGCUCGGCUUGUACUAAACUGUUAGUCCUGUACACUGACACGAAACGCGGUCACCCCAACCUGAAGUCUGUGUGUGAUGGGGUGGAAGACAGUGUGACCGCUUUAGGCGCUGCGGCCUGUGACAGAUUCUCCCCCGUGAUUGUUAAACUGGAGCCCCAGAUUUCCAUUGCAAAUGGUGUUGCCUGUAAAAGUCUUGACUGGCUGGAGACUACAUUCCCUCUGCUUCAGGCACCCACGGAGCAGGUUGUUGCCACUGCCAAGAACAAGAUGCAUGAGAUCCAGGAUGCUGUGACUAUUGCAGCUAAUGGAACUAUGGACUGUGUACAGCACACAGUCACAUGGGUGAUGGAGAGGAUGCAGCAGGCUGACGAGGGGACCAACCAGUCACUCGUGGAGAGGGUUAUCAGUGUGGCCAGUGUAGGACUGGACUGUGCCCUGAGUGUGUCAGAAGCCAUGGUGGACCAAGUGCUCCCUCUCACUGAAGAAGAUAAAGACGAUGACACCCACAUGGUAGAGAGCUUUGAGGCUGCUACAGUCAGAAGAUACCCUGUGCGACUCAUUUCCCUCACUGCCAAACUGUGUAGAAGAACGUACCAUAUGGUUGUGGCUAAGAUGCAAUCUGUUCAGGCUACAAAGACUUUGCCCUGGUCUGCAUCUCUGAUUCAGGACCUUCAGAGCACCUCGCUGGUCUUGGUUUGGAGCAUCCAGGGGCUGCCUCAGUACCUGCAGCAUCAGCUUGUGUCUGUGUUCUUCUCCAUCUCCCAGAUGUACAACGUAAACCACACACCACCUGAACAAAGCCGGCGUAGUCAAGCUGGUCACUACAACACAUCCCGUACCUCAUCUUACAAGGGUGUGGUCCAGGGCCAUCCACAGGCUGUGCCUACCUGGCGAUUGAGGCCUACCAAGUCAUCCGUGUUUGACAAGGGGUGUAUGCGUCGUUGAUGUAAACUACUGUAGGGGGUUUUAUGUUUGUGUGCUUUAUGCCCCACAGCUGAGUAAAUAUUAAAUGGUGAAUACUGGUGUAAAAUGAAAGUUGACUAAUAAGUAAAUGUUGAAGAUUAAUAAACUUGAAUUCCUCAUCCUGA